GUUAAUUGGCAAAUCAUUUAAACGCAUAAGCAGCGCGCUAGCGAUAAAAAUGUGCAUUUUAUAACGCGAAACGUUGGCGGAUCGAGAUCGGCAAAACUGUACCCGUUCGCUUUAAUGUUUCGUCGCGCGUCGUGUUUUUAUUUAAUACUAUCGAUGCGCAUACGUAAAGAAAGCGCGAAAAUCGCUCUACACGCGUAUGGCAAAAUGGUGGGCGGCAAAGAUCGACGCUCGCGUGCAAAGGGGCGGCAAAGUAGAGGCGUUGGUACGAAGUUGGAUUUUCGAACGUUUCGCAGCCGCAUACGAUGCUGAUGAAAAAACUGUUGACAGUCCGUGUACCAAGGUACCCUCAUGCACUGUAUUUUGCAGCCAGUCGCAGUUCGUCCGCCGAACAGUUCACAUCGAUACACUCGACACGCGUUUCUUGCUUUUUCGCAAAUAUCGUUCGAUUUCGCUCGUGUUUAAACAACAUAAACAUAAACAACAUCAUGUCUACCGACGUAGCAGCCACCGCAUCGGCUACCGCACCCGUCACUGCGUCGCCGGCGGCGAAAAAGGCGCCGAAAAAGACCGCUGCGGCGGCAAGUGCGUCGAAAGUGCCGCGCUCGAAGCCGACGCGCCCGCCAACAUCCGAAAUGGUGUGCAACGCAAUUAAAGCGCUUAAAGAACGUGGUGGUUCAUCGCUGCAGGCAAUUAAGAAAUACAUCGCCGCCAACUAUAAGGUAGAUGCCGAAAAAAUCUCGCCGUUUAUUCGCAAAUACCUAAAGAACGCCGUCACAUCCGGCGUGUUGGUGCAAACAAAAGGUAAGGGCGCAAGUGGAUCCUUUAAGCUAGCGGCGCCUGCAUCUGGCAAAGCAGCCGCCGCCGCCGCUGCCGCCUCCGCGUCGGAGGGGGCCGCGAAGGCAAAAAAAGUUGUGAAAACAAAAAGUGCAACCGUAAAGCGCGCAAAGUCGCCGAAAAAAGCGACCGCCGCCGCCACCACCGCUGCAGCGAAAAAGAAGACCGCCGCCACGACCGCCGAAAAGAAGGUAAAAUCGCCGAAAAAAGCACCUGCCGCCACCGUUGAAAAGAAGAAGGCCGGUAAAGCUGCCGCUGCCGCUGCGGUAAAGUCGCCAAAAUCGCCGUCAAAAGCGAAAAAAUCGUCGACGAAAGGUUCGCCCACUAAAAAACCGAAAGCGCCGAAGCCAAAGAAAACCAAGCCGACAGCGGCCGCCAAAACGACGGCAAAGAAAGCCGCCGCGUCGCCAAAAAAGAAAUAAGGUGAAUUGUUUACAAAACAGCAUAGAAAAUGGCCCUUUUCAGGGCCACAAAA